AUGUUCAUAGCAAGUUCUAUCCUGGCAGCAAUCCCGCUGCUAUGGUCCACGACACUCGCCAUAAGUGCUAUCCUCACCAACCAUCAUCACGCCGCGAACCGGAAAUAUGACUUCGUCAUCAUCGGCGGUGGAACUGCUGGUUCUGUGAUUGCCCAUCGGCUGACUGAGGAUCCAAAUGUUCGCGUGCUACUUGUCGAAGCGGGGAGAAGCAACGUCGACGGCCCUGAUGUGGACGAUAUUCAGGUUCCUUUCCUCGUCUCGUCGAUUGAUGCAUCUUUCAACUGGAACUAUUCUACUGUGGCUCAACCCUCACUUCAAAAUCGGUCACUAGACUACCCUCGCGGACAUGUUCUAGGUGGAAGCAGUUCGAUCAAUUUCAUGCUGUAUACGAGAGGAUCUUCCGACGAGUACGACCGUGUUGCAAACAUUACAGGGGACGAGGGCUGGUCAUGGAAGCACAUGCUGCCCUAUAUGAUAAAAAGCGAGACGCUUUCGCCACCCGUUGACGGGCAUGAUACGCGCUCACAAGUCAACGCCACCCUUCAUGGCUUUCACGGGCCGGUGUUGACAAGCCUGCCCGGCAACUCAACGAUAUUGGAUGGUCGUGUGAUCAUGACCACGAGUGAACUUGCCGAGUUCCCUUUCAAUCUGGACAUGAACUCGGGCAAUCCACUCGGCCUUGGUUGGCUGCAAUCCACGAUAGGACACGGCGUCCGUACCAGCUCCGCCACGGCUUUCUUGGACGCCAACACACUUGACCGGAAGAAUCUCGAUGUUCUUAUUGGCACUCGGGUGACCCGUCUCAUCUCGUCGGUUCGAAGCAACUCGAAGCCCACCUUCCGGGAUGUUGAGCUCGCACAAAGUCCGUCAGGAGAGCGUGUUAUCGUGACUGCAACGAAAGAACUUGUUCUAUCAGCAGGAUCCGUCGGCACCCCGCAAAUUCUCAAGCUGUCUGGGAUCGGUGAUCGCGAAGAGCUUGCUGCGCACGGCAUCCCCCUGGUGCUUGAUUUGCCCGACGUCGGAAAGAAUCUCCAGGACCACCCCUGGGUUCCACUGCAAUGGCAGAUCAACACAAAUGUGACGCUCGAUCCGUUCAACAGAAACGCAACGCUUCGCGAUGCGGCCCUCUCUGCGUACGACGCGACAAAACGGGGUCCACUGGCAAAUAAUCCCGGAGGCAACCACAUUGGCUGGUUUCGCUUGCCUGAGAAUUCUUCCGUCCUGCGCCAGUACGGCGAUCCCUCUUCCGGACCGUUGUCCCCGCAUUACGAGCUCACGGUUUCGAAUUCGUUCCUCUCGUUCACCCAGCCCACGCCAGAUGCAGGAGGAUUCAUGAGCAUGGCCGCAGCGCUUGUGGCGCCUACCUCGAAGGGGAGCGUCAGCCUGGCCUCAUCGUCGGCAUUCGACGCUCCACUCAUCGACCCCGCAUUCCUCCAGGCUCCGGAAGACCUCGCGAUCCUCACGGAGGCGGUGAUGGCCGCGCACCGGUUCACGAGUGCGCCGGCAUGGAAGGACUUCAUCAUCGCGCCUUUCCCCGACACUGCGAACACGACGACAGAAGAGGGUGCACGCGAAUACGUCAAGCGGAUGGCGACGACUUUCCGACACCCCGUGGGGACCGCGCGCAUGGGCGCAGCAGAUGACGCCAGCGGUGUGGUUGGACCGGAUCUUUGUGUCAAGGGCGCGGCGGGGCUGAGAAUUGUGGACGCAUCUGUCUUUCCUCAUAUCUUUGGUUCUCACCUUCAGGCUCCCGUGUACGCAAUCGCAGAGCGCGCAGCGGACCUGAUCAAGCAGGCGCAUGGGUUGCGGCGGUCACUCUAG